AUGGUCCUCUCCCAGGACAGCUCCUCCUCCACUCUGCUGGUGGAGAAAAAGUGUGAUUAUUCUCUAAUCUGCUUCAGAACAGAGUCCACAAAACUGGCAGCAAACCACGUGUUCAAACUGACUGUGAGACCACCCAGCACAGGGAGGGGCGAGCCCUCCUCCAGCCGCUUUUCCUGCUGCCGAGCCUCCCCGCCGUGCCCGCACGGCAGCAAACCGGUUAAGGUCUGUCCGGCUCGGAAUCCCGCCCAGGUUUUGGCUCGCCCUCGCCGCGGGCGGGUGCCCCUGGCCGGCCGGGCGGGCGGUGCGGUGCGGGGCUGGGCCGCGCUGCCGCUGCCGCUGCCGGUGCCGGUGCCGAUAGCGGGGCCGCUGCCGGGGCUGGCCAUGCGGGUGCCGCUGCCGGCGCUGCUGGGCGGCUCGGCGCUGCUGCUGCUGCUGCUGCGAUGGCGGCGGCGCCGGGCGCUCUGGAGGAAGGUGGCGCUGGCGCAGGAGCGGCAGGAGCGCAGCCUGGUGCGGAUGGAGGCGGCGGCGCAGCGCUUUCGGGAGCAGCAUCCUUCUGUGAACCCGGUCUCCAUCCUGUCUCUGCCGUUGCCGGAGCUCUCCAAGAAGCUCCGAGAUGGCUCCCUGCCUCCAGACCACGUCUUCUAUGCCUAUGUGGGCAAGGCCCUCCAAAUUGCCACAGAAACCAACUGCAUCACGGAGUUUCUGCAGGAAAGCGAGAGCCAGCUGCGCAAAGUCAAGCUGAUGGAGAGACAGGGUCUGCUCUAUGGGGUGCCUGUCAGCAUCAAAGACUCCAUCGACUGCCAGGGUCAUGAUUCCACGUUGGGGUUCAUAAAACACCUCAAUAAACCUGCAGCAGAGGACAGCGUGGUGGUGCAGGUGCUCAAGAGACAGGGGGCAAUUCCAUUUGUCAAAACCAAUGUUCCCCAGUCCCUCAUCAGCUAUGACUGCAACAACUUAAUCUUUGGUCAGACCCGCAACCCUCUGCUGUACACCCGGAGCCCCGGGGGCUCCUCAGGUGGAGAAGGAGCACUUGUAGGAGGUGGUGGGUCCAUCCUGGGCAUUGGGACAGAUGUAGGAGGGAGCCUACGUUUUCCUGCUGCCUUCUGUGGGAUCUGUGCAAUCAAACCCACAGGGAACAGGCUCAGCAAAAGAGGAGUAAUGUCUGGGAUCGUUGGGCAGAAGGCAGUGGCUGCAGCAGUGGGGCCGAUGGCCAAGGACGUGGAGAGCCUGGCGCUGUGCCUGCGGGCGCUGCUGUGCGAGGACAUGUUCAGCCUGGACAGCACAGUGCCGCCCCUGCCCUUCAACCAGGAGGUGUACUCCAGCACGCAGCCCCUCCGCAUCGGCUACUACGAGACGGAUUUCUUCACCAUGCCCAGCCCGGCCAUGAGGCGCGCGGUCCGUGAGACCAAGCAGCUCCUGGAGGAGGCUGGCCACACGCUGGUGCCCUUCGAACUCACAAAUGUGGACCACGUGGUCUUUAACUACUGUGUCAGGGGGAUGUUCACCGAUGGAGGCAGGUCCUUUGUCAAGAACUUCAAAGGGGAGUUGGAGAAAGGCGGCUCUGCGCUGUUCCUCUCGCUGGCAAAGGCACCUCACUGGCUGAAAACCCUCCUCUGCUGGAUUUCCAAACCUUUCGUGCCUCGACUUUCAAGUAUCAUAAGAAGUAUGGAAGAAAACACAGUGGAUGAAGUCUGGAAUCUUCAUCAAGAAAUUGAGGACUUUCGGCACCAGUUCAUUGCCCAGUGGAACAAGCUGAAUCUGGAUGUGAUGCUUUGCCCCAUGCUGGGCCCAGCUUUUGGCAUUGGCUACCCUGCAAAGCUCUCAGUGGCAGUCAGCUACACCAUGCUGUACAACGCCCUGGACUUCCCUGCCGGCGUUGUGCCCGUCACGCUGGUGACGGACGAGGACGAGGAGCAGCUGAAGGGCUACAGGGGCUACUACCGGGACUGGUGGGACCGCACCCUGCCCAAGGCGUUCCGCGGCGGUGUGGGGAUGCCCGUGGCCGUGCAGUGCGUGGCUCUGCCCUGGCAGGAGGAGCUGUGCCUGCGCUUCAUGAAGGAGGUGGAGACCCUCAGCCUGAAGAAGAACAGUUUCUUCUGAGCCCCCAGCCUCAGCUGGAGCAGGAGCCCAGCUAAGAGCAGCUGACCCACAGGACUGUGGUUCUGCUCAGUGAUGCCUGGGCUGGCUGCUAGCUUUGGGAGCAAGGGGAAAGCUCUGAUGUGGUGGAGCUCUUCCAAUCAUUGUCCUAACACAGUAAUUUUUAUUAUCUGA